AGUGAAUAUAAUAACAAUGGAGGGUGUUAAAGCUUUGGCUAAGAAAAAUAAAGAGACUCGUAAAAUAAGGUCUAUUCCUGAAUACAAUUUCCAUAGGAUCUUCAAUAAUGUUGAGCAAGAAGAGACCAAAUAAAAGGGUUAUAUAUCAAGAUAAUGAAGUAAUGAAAGAGUAUUGAACAAGUUCGGCCAAGGAUAUGGAAGAAUAUAAUCAGGUGGUUAACGGAAUAAGAGCAAGAAUUUUUAAUUACCAAGCUCCAAAAGAUAUUGAUGAACCUACAUUGCCUUUCUUCCAAGAUUAUGAUAAAAAGUUUCAGAGAAAAUUAUGUCUUCCGAAGGAUAUUAGCCAUAAAAAGAGGAAACUCAAAAGAACAAUAGGAUCAAUCGCCAGUUUUGACGUUAUAUCUGAUAUUGUGUCGGAAUUUUAUCAAGAAUGUAAGCACAAAAAGGCUGUAGAUUCUUUUCUCUUGAAGUCAUUGGUAAAUAAAUUGAAGAAUUAUGAUGAGGAGCAAAAAUUUGACCCUGACUUAUCCUAUCAGCAGCCUCUGAAUAAGAAUAACAUUGAGUUACUUGUAGAAGAGAAAUCCAGCUUAAUUACUACAUCUGAUACACUUGACCCUGGUGAAAUUGAGCAAAAAUGAAAAACAAUGAAGAAGAGACCAAAGAGGAAGGGAGGAAAAAGUAACAUUAUUUCAGGCAUCCUUUAACCUCAUCAGAUGGUAGAAAAAUUCUGCAAGUAAAUUUAUGAAGUCAAUUAAAUUUAU